AUGCAGCCUUAUUCACAGACCGAAGGGUUUGGUGAAGCUUUCGGAAAGGUGCAGAUGCUGAGGGGCGUGUCUCUGAGCUCCUUUAUCGCUUCCCUUUCUAGCUCGCUGGCCGCUUUCCUUGUCCAGAUUGGUGUGUUCUUUCUCAUCAGCAAACGAUACCCAUCCAUAUAUCCCGCUAUUCCCAGGCUUCACAAGAAGUCCUGGGGAUCUUUUCUCAAGGCCGUUCGAUAUGACGGCGAUCAGUCGCAUCUUGAUAGCUACUUCUUCCUGAGAUAUCUCCGGACUAUCGUUAUCAUGUUCCUUCCAGCAGCCAUUUUCAUCACUCCCAUGCUCAUCCCUCUAAACUACAUUCACGGGAAAGGAGAGCGCAGCGGCGUCAGUGGGCUGGACGCUAUUGCUUGGUCAAAUGUCGGCCUUCAAUAUUGUAGCCGCUAUUGGGCACAUCUGCUCUCUAGUCUGCUUCUCGUUGUGCACGUCUGCAGAUUAAUCUGGGUGGAGCUUUCAUGCUAUGUGAAAAUCCGACAUGAAGCACCACAGGCUGCUCUGCGCACUGUUUUGAUCGACUCCCUUCCUGCAGAUUGGGACACUGCUGAGAAAAUUAGGCCGCAUCUGAAACUCUUCCCUGGCAAAGUCAGUGCAAUAUCUUUUAAUCGAGAUUUCAGCAAGCUGUCGAACAAGCUCGCGCGCUGUGAGCAACUUGCCCGUCUGCUUGAAAGAGAGGAGACGGAUGCGAUCCAGAGGCAAUUGAAAGGUAUAUCAACGACAGCUACCUCCCCAAUACCUCAACGCCGAUUCCCCAAAUGGGUCCGAGUCUGGGAAUGGAUGCAUACAACUAGAAGUACGGAUGCUAUCUUCGAGGAGCUGCGCCAGCUGUGUGAUCAAAUCAUACAAGAGCGAGAAAAUCCACAAGGCUUCCCGAUGGUCAAUUCAGCUUUUGUCACAUUCGAAAAUCCUAUUGCAGCACACAUGUUCUGCCAGACCGUUAUACACACUCGUUGGGGUUAUGUAACCCCUAAAUCACUACCUAUUUCUGAUGAUGACAUUGUGUGGGGAAACAUUUGCAUCAAUUGGCUCGAAAGAAGCAUCCGAACAGCCAUCUCCAACACGGUCAUCCUUGUGUUCACCGCCAUCUGCAUCGUUCCAGUGUCGCUCAUUGGAUUGCUUUCGCAGAUUAUAUAUCUUACGAGAGUUGUCACCUGGCUAGAAUGGAUCAGCAAUCUACCAGAAUGGACCAUUGGUGUCAUUCAAGGAGUCCUCCCAGCACUACUACUUACAACACUUCUCCGGGGGUUUGCGGCCGGCGUAGAACAUUUAGUCAAAAUCCAGGGAAUCUCGUCUAAGAGCAUAAUUACCUUGAGAAUUCAAGACUUCUAUUUUUAUUUUAUGUUUCUUCAAGCGACUGUUAUUAUCUCCUUAUCAGCGGGGCUCACAACUAUUGUUAAUGAAGCUUCGGACAGCAUUUCAAUAGCUGCACUGUUAGCUAAGAACUUGCCGAAAGCAAGUAACUAUUUCCUAUCGUACGUCUUACUGCAGGCUCUCUCUGUAGGAUCGCAGGCUCUGCUUCGCACCGAUCGCCUUAUAAGUAACUUGAUCCUCAGCCCAAUCAACGACAGAACAGUUACGGACCACAUAGAGAGGAGAAAUGUACCAGACAUAGAGUGGGGGAUAUUUGUGCCUGUCUACAGUAAUCUCUCACGCGAUAGUGGGGGAAUCUUCUAUCCCUCUGCUAUAAAGCAUCUUCUCACCGGAUUAUACUUCAUGCAAGUGAGCGUGGCAAGUCUUUUCCUUCUAGUACGCGAUAAACACGGGAAACCCCAGUGUAUUGGUCAAGCAGUACUCAUGAUUAUUGCUAUUGGGCUUACGGCACUUUUUCAUCAUAUUCUUUGUAGAGCGUUCGAUCCGUUACUCUUUUACUCUCCUACAAUAUUGGACGAAUCUCUUGCCAGGCCUAGCACAGAUAUUAUGUUGACGCACCGCGAUCUGAACUCAACCCUGACAAUCAGAAUCCCACAGCCCAAAUCUGGCAAGAUUGAGUGUUUAAACCUACGUAAACGGCUAAACCCAGGGGUAGUUGUAGUUUGCGAUGACGAGGCCGAGAUUGAUACCUGUGGAAAGAUCAAGCUAAAACCAAUUUGA